AGGUCGGGGUGUGGGAUGGGGUCACUGCUGAGCUGCCUUCCUGCAAGGCGAGCGAGCAGGUCGUACCUGACCCCGGUGCGGGAUGAGGAGGCGGAGUCGCUGAGGAAGGCACGGUCCAGGCAGGCCCGGCAGACGCGCAGAUCCACACAGGGUGUGACGCUGACGGACCUUCAGGAGGCAGAGAGAACCUUCAGCCGCUCCCGGGCAGAACGACAGGCCCAGGAGCAGCAGAGUGAGAAGGCUGAGAGCUCUGAGCCUGCUGAGGACAGCAGUGAGAGGCAGGAGACCCGCACGCGGUGGAGCAGAAAUACGGAUGAGGAGGCUGUCUAUCGGCGAUUAAGGUGCCCGGUGCAAGCAGACAAACCUACAACACCCGUAUCUCCUUCUACGUCAGCUCCUCUCCUUUAUACAAGCUCUUACCUAACUCGAACAAAUAAGUAUCUGGGUCUUGACUCUGUGAAUCCAGCAGACUUCAGAGCUGCAGCCCCAGAGAUGGAGAAGAACGAGUGCGAAGACGCAGAUGUGGACGACAGAUCUGCAAACAAGCAGUCGAUCCGAGAGAGACGGCGGCCAAAAGAGAGGCGAAGAGGCACUGGCAUCAUUUUCUCAACAAAAGAUGAUGAUGACGACGUUGAUGGAAAUGAGGAAGUGAAGGAAACUCGGGUGAGUGAAAACAUCUCCAAACAGACAGUGCUUUGCUCCUGAGUGCUGGUGGCAGUAACUCU